AUGUUGACUGAGGUGAAGAAAGCCGUCUGGAGGGAGAGCACGAAGGCCUUCAAGUCCACUGCAGCCACAGGCUUCUCACUGGAGCUGGAGGCUAUCACCACGGCACAUGAGCAGGCUGGCACGACGUCUUCAAAUGGGAUCAGAGAACAUGCACUUGGCUCUGAUCGUGAUGAUGAGACCAUUGUCAUUGAUGAGAGCCAUCUGGACUUCCCUGAAGGUGGCUCAUUGGCUUAUCUAACAGUGUUUGGUUCGUUCAUGGGAUUGAUACCUGCCUUUGGAAUGGUCAACUCAGUUGGUGCCAUAGAGGCGUACGUCUCAAAUCACCAGUUGAGAGAUGUUUCAACGUCAACUGUUUCCUGGAUCUUCUCCAUAUAUACCUUCAUUGCGUUCUCAUCCUGUAUCUUCUCGGGAACGUUCUUCGACAGAUCUGGCGCGUUCAAGCCAAUGCUCAUAGGUUCAAUCACGUUCUGCGGCGGAAUGCUAGCAACCGCUAACUGUACCAGAGUGUACCAGUUCAUCCUGGCAUUUGGUGUACUUGUUGGCUUCGGUACAGGGAUGCUUAUGUCUCCUUUGGUUGGUGCGGUCUCACACUUCUUCUACAAGAAGCGUGCCACAGCCACAAGCAUUGCUACAACCGGGGGAUCCCUCGGAGGCAUCAUCAUGCCAUUGAUGCUCAGAAAGAUGUACGGCACAGUGGGAUUCAUAUGGGCAUUGAGAGCAUUGACCUUGUUCUGUGCAUGCUGCCUUGUUCUGGCUCUCAUCUUCACAAAGGAGAGGCUCCAUCGUGAAGACAAUUCCAAGAUCGACUCUUGGAAGGGCUUCUUUAAGGUGUACUUUGUCGAUGCCUUCGACUAUAAGUCCUUAUCUGAGUUGAAGUUUAUGUCGUGUGCAAUUGGCGUUGCAUUCGCAGAAGGCUCACUGGUUGUUGUUCUGAUCUAUCUCCCUUCGUAUGCCAUUAUGCAAGGGAACUCUGAACAGACUUCGUUUCUGCUCAUCAUUGUGUCGAACACAUGUGCUAUCCUGGGAAGAUACAUUCCAGGUAUCGCAGCAGAUCGUUUGGGCAGAUUCAACGUUGUGAUUUUAACGGUGUCCAUGUGUGCUCUUAUAUCGUUAGUGCUAUGGCUACCGUUCGGAAAGAGCCUGAAAGUCCUUUACGCAUUUUCCGGUUUGUAUGGCUUCUUCUCUGGGUCGAUUCUAUCGCUGUCACCGGUGUGCUGUGGACAAAUCUCUCGGACUGAAGAGUUUGGAAAGCGUUACUCAACAAUGUACCUCAUCUCCUCCUUCACCAUGCUCACACUGAUCCCCAUCGCAGGGGUGGAUAAGGAGGACUUCAGAGCCAAGUCGGCACAAAGGCUGCAGCUCAUCAACCAAGUUGGAUUCAGUGGCUCUUUAGAAGAGUCAAAGAGGGACGUAAACUAUAGAAAUGAUCCUACUGCGGAGGGCUUGGGCCAGAAUGAGUUGAAGGGGGGACGUGAAACCAGUGCGACGUUCCCAGAGCAGGAGGAUACUGCUGAGUGCAACAGUAAGAAGUCACUGUACGUGAAGGGUAAACACGUUUCUUACCAAAGAUCCAAGUCUGUUACCAACCCAAACAUCUCCUUGGUUAAGAUUGAGGGUGUCUCCACUCCAGAGGAGGCCAAGUUCUACCUUGGUAAGCGUGUUGCUUACGUCUACAGAGCUUCUAAGGAGAUUAGAGGUUCCAAGAUUAGAGUCAUCUGGGGUAAGAUCACCAGAACUCACGGUUCUUCUGGUACCGUCAGAGCAAACUUCAAGUCCAACUUGCCAGCUAAGACCUUCGGUGCCUCUGUCAGAAUCUUCUUGUACCCAUCCAACAUCUAA